UACAUCAUUAUAGUUUUAAUCAUUACAGCCUUUGCUACUUUAAAGACCCUAUAGGAAAUUAUUGUGUGGCACAUCAUUAUCAGGCAAUCACAGACUAAAGGACAACUUUUUUGUAUUUGUUUUUUCUCUGCCCAGGGGAAUUUGUGUCUUGGUGUGACCCCCUUUCCAUCGAGAGUGGAGACUGUACCACCUCAUUGUGACGGCAAAUAUAAGUGGAGCUGUCUAUUGAGUAACGUUACAAGUACAGACGGCAGAUCUGGCAAGGGCAAUCGGAAGAAGUAGUGUUUAAAGUUCCACAAGAUGGGAGACUCGAUCCAGUUAAAAGAUGACGGAAACAAACAUUUCCAAGCGGGAGAUAUUGAUAAGGCUAUUGAGUGCUACACUAAAGCCAUCAAGGUGUGUCAGGACAAGAAGGUGCUGGCUGUUAUUCACAGAAACCGAUCUGCUUGCUAUCUAAAAAAGGAAAGUUAUUCCAGUGCAGCCUCUGAUGCAUCCAAAGCUAUCGAUGUCGACGCAGCCGAUAUCAAAGCCUUAUACAGACGUUGCCAAGCUCUGGAGAAGCUUGGUAAACUGGACUUGGCCUUCAAGGAUGUACAGAGAUGUGCAACCAUUGAACCAAAGAAUAAAACCUUCUUGGAGACUCUCCGCAGGCUGGGGGCUGAAAUCCAGGCCAAGCUCAAGACAACAUUCUCCACAGAUUCAAGGGUACAGAACAUGUUUGAUAUUCUCCUUGAUGAAGAAAUGGAAAAAGAUAAGAAGGAAAAGGCAGCCAACAACCUGAUUGUACUGUCCAGAGAGGAUGCGGGAGCAGAGAGAAUCUUUCAGAACAAUGGCGUGCCUCUGCUUCUCAACAUGAUCGAGACGGGAAAACCAGAGAUGAUCAUGUCUGCUAUCCGUACUCUUUCGGGAAUGUGCACAGGACACAAAGCUCGGACAAUGGCCAUUAUUCACAUGGUGGGCACUGAUAAGUUGUGCAGCAUCAUGGCGCUCGACAAUGAGGAGAUCACACUGGCAGCAUGCAACCUCUUCCAGUGCAUCAACGACUCACUCACAGGCGGGGAUAGAAGAGAAUACGGAAAAGAAGAGGCCUUGGUUUUGGAUGCCUCUAAAGAUCUGAAGACCAUCCUCCUGUCUCUGCUGGAGAUGGUUGGCAGUAAAAAGGUAUCUGGCCAUGGCAGAGACCAGGCACUGAACCUCCUGAGCAAGAACGUCCCUCGCAAAGGAAAGAGAGACCCUGACCACUCCCGCACCCUCUUCACCGUAGACCACGGUCUGAAGAAGAUCCUCAAAGUGUGUGGUCAGGUUCCUGAGCUUCCUGACCAGUUGCCCAUGACUGAUAACACACAGCUGAUUGCCAGCGUGCUCCUCAACCGCCUUUAUGAUGACCUCACAUGCGACCCAGAGAGAAACAACUUCAGGGACGUUUGUGACGAAUACAUCAAAUCCAAAAUUGACCCUAACGACAUGGACAAAACAAUUCACGCCAUCAACGUCAUCUCAGGGCUGCUGCAGGGUCCAUUCGACGUAGGUAACGCCCUGGUGGGAAGGCAGGGUGUCAUGGAGAUGAUGGUGGCGCUGUGCGGCUCUGAACGGGAGGUGGACCAGAUGGUCGCUGUGGAAGCGCUCAUUCAUUCCUCCACGAAAAUGAGCCGAGCCAGCUUCAUCAUCACCAACGGCGUGUCGCUGCUGAAGGACAUCUACAAGAAGACCAAAAAUGAGAAGAUUAAAAUCCGCUCGCUGGUGGGUCUCUGCAAACUGGGCUCAGCGGGAGGAGAUGAUUACAGCAUGAGACAGUUCGCUGAGGGCUCCACUGAGAAGUUAGCCAAGCAGUGCAGAAAAUGGCUUUGCAAUCCCCAGAUCGACGCUAAAACCAGGAGGUGGGCUAUUGAGGGUCUGGCAUACUUGACUAAUGACGCUGAUGUCAAAGAUGACUUUGUUGAGGAUGAGCAGGCACUGAAAGCCAUGUUUGACCUGGCCAAGUCAAAAGAUAAGACCAUCAUAUAUGCCGUGGCCUGCACUUUGGUCAACUGCACCAACACCUAUGAGAAGAAAGAAAUCAUACCUGAACUGGUACAGCUGGCAAAGUUCUCAAAGCAGCACGUGCCUGAGCAGCAUCCCAAGGACAAGAAAGACUUCAUUGACAGGCGGGUCAAAAGACUGCUGAAAGCUGGAGUCACAUCCGCUCUUGCUGUCAUGGUCAAAGCAGACAACUCCAUCUUGACGGACCAGACCAAGGAGAUGCUUGCAAGGGUCUUCUUGGCUUUGUCAGAGGAUCCCAAAGAUCGUGGUACUCUUGUUGCCCAAGGUGGGGGAAAGGCUUUGAUACCUCUGGCGCUGGAAGGAACUGAGGCAGGAAAAGUGAAGGCCUGUCAAGCUCUUGCCAAAAUUGCAGCCAUUUCAAAUCCAGAAAUCGCCUUCCCUGGCGAAAGGGUGUAUGAGGUGGUGAGGCCUUUAGUCAGCCUCCUUCACACAGAAAGGGAUGGAAUGCAGAACUUUGAGGCUUUGCGAGGCCUCACUAAUUUUGCGGGUUUCAGUGAAAAACUAAGGGUAAAAAUUGUAAAAGAGAACGCUCUUCCCGAUAUCGAGAACUACAUGUUUGAGGAACACGAGCAGAUCAGACAGGCUGCCACAGAAUGCAUGUGCAACCUUGUGACAUGCAAAGAGGUCCAAGAGCGCUACCUAGACGAAAGUAACGAUAAGCUGAAGCUGCUGCUCCUACUUUGUGGAGAAGAUGAUGAUAAACUUCAGAUUGCCGCAGCGGGAGCCCUGGCCAUGCUUACCGCUGUCCAGAAGAAGCUCUGCGCCAAGCUCACCCUUGUGAGUACCCAGUGGCUUGAGAUCCUGCAGAGGUUGUGUCUACACACAAACCCGAUGAUACAGCACCGUGGCCUCGUGAUUGUGUACAACAUGCUCAACUCGGAGGACGGCGAGCUGACCAAGAAACUGAUCGAGAGCGAGCUGCUGGAAAUCAUGACAGUGAUCGGAAAGGCUGAGGACAACCCCAAGAGGCAGGAACCCAUUGAUGUGGCGCGUACGUGCCUGGUCAAAGCAAUGGAACUGGGGCUUAUCAAACCCUUCUCCAGCCCUUCCUAAGCACAACAACGGACAUGUUUUUGUGCUCUUUACUACUCGUUUCCCACAUACUUUUUUCAACAUUGAAGACUUUACUAGUUAUCAUUUGUUAUUUUGACUGGAGCCUCAAGUAUUGGCUGAUACUGAUAUCAAUCCGAUACGGUAUCAACACGAAUCAUUGUGCAUACUUUUAAUAUUAUGUAUCGUGAAUUGUUAGAAAAUGUUUGAUCAAGUGAAAUUACUCAGAAAAAACAAUGGUAAGGAAUAAUGAUAUUAUUCAGACAAUGACGCCUCAGAAUUACGUUGUAAUGUUACUCAUAAUUUUUAUCGUAUUAAAUAAUUAUAUCUAACCUACUUACAGUUUACAACCUUGUCAAAUGAUAUAAAACUGUGUUAAUCGCAAAGAUUAUUAUUUAUUUGACAUCUACUGUAAACCAUAGGCUAAGGUCAGGCUGAUUAGAAAAGAAGUACCAACCAAGUGUACCGCAUUAGAAGUAAUAUAAAUAAAAAUCUGCUGAAAAUAAAUGUAGUUAAAUUAUUUUUUGCUAAAAUAAAUGAACCAACUUAUUAAUAAAUAUGUUUUGUCACUUGACUGUCAAUAACAUUUACAAAUACAGCUUCACCACUUCAGUCAUAAUGUUUGCGCUUAGGAAAAAGUUUUCUAUGGCUUCAGACUUGCUCUGUUUGUUUGAGAUUUUUAAUUAGCAGUUUUCUUAAUAGUUACGGCGUUACUUUUAUUAGUAACGAGUAAUCUCAUUUAUUACUUUUAGGUCUGUUACAACGCUGUUCGCGAUAGCUUGAUGUAACAUUGCUCUCUACUUUUGAUGUGGUUUCAUUUCGACAAGAAGACAACGUCAUAAGUGCAGCAAAUUCAAUCCAGGAAAUGUCUUUUUACUCCUGAAAGCAACAAGCAGCAACGCACUAAAAUUAACUUGAAAAUUAACAAACAGGAAGAGGCACCGUCACACUGACACAGCACACAACAUUCACACACGGGGAAGGCAUGGCGCGGUUGGGAGAGUGGCCGUGCCAGCAACCUGAGGGUUCCCGGUUCAAUCCCAACUACUACCAACCUCAUCACGUCCUUUGUGUCCUUGAGCAAGACACUUCACCCUUGCUCCUGAUGGGUCGUGGUUAGGGCCUUGCAUGGCAGCUCCCGCCAUCAGUGUGUGAAUGUGUGUGUGAAUGGGUGAAUGUGGAAAAAGUGUCAAAGUGCUUUGAGUACCUUGAAGGUAGAAAAGCUCUAUACCACUUACACAAUGGGAAUAUUGAACAACAAAUCAAUGAUUGAACUGACAAACUUGCCUUACAAAAUAUACCCAGUCUGUUUACAAGAAGAUAUGACAGCCACCGAGGCACAUUCAAUCUCUUUAUUAAGUAGAGGUAAAGUGUGCUACUAACUGCUAAAGCUAAAAAACAGCUUUGUUAAAACCCUCGAUGAUGUCACACAGCACUAGGCAACAGGCCCCGCCUUUUAAAAGCACCACACCUCACUCUAAUAUUAAACAUCUCACAAAUGCAUAUGCCAAAUAUAUAUAUAUUUUUUUUAAGUAACGUAUGAAUGACUUUCCCUAGUAUUUAAUUAUAUCUAUUAAAGACUAAUUCCGUUAGUAAUUCAAUUACUUUUUUGGGUAAAAUAGCAAGUAAGUAUAACUAAUUGCUUUUUAAAAUACAUUUUCAGAAAACUGGUCAAUAGGGCCAAAAGUGGUGGAAAAGUGUAUUACAACUGAGUACCGCAACCCACAGACCACAGCGGAGACAUUUUUGGCGGCCCAACAAUGGGCUUUGGUUAAAAAGUCCUGGUUUAUGGCACACUCACUUGCUGUAUUGACCAUGGAUUGACACUGUUUGUAUUACAUAAUAGUCAUCGAUCAUUUACCGGAUUACAAAAGUCCCUACGUUUGACCUGGGUUAGGGUUAGCACAAAUCACAACGUACACAUAUUUUUUUCAAUUCUUUUUUCAUGUAGGACGUUAGAAAAGAUUGAAAUUACUCAAGGGAACAAGGGUAGGUAUAAAACACGUAACUCAUGACAUAUUUAUGCUUUUUAAAUGGAGUGGUGUGGACAUGUUUUGUUACUGGAAACUUUCCAAGACGCUUCUGCCUUUGACACUUUGUAUCGGUGUGUAAUAUGCAACCAUACUUGUUUAUUUUGACAAAUUUGGUGUUUUCGACUGGAGUAUUGUCCAAAUAGGGACACUUAUUAUUAAUGUCUAGCAUGUGUGCUUUUGUGUGCGCAGCAGUCGUGUAGCUGAUAGCUCGUAGUAGCCUGCCAUAUUUCCCUUUUUUUAAAUAAAAUACAAGAACACACUGAA